UUGCAUAAUAUUAAGCUAAACACGCAUGCUAGCAGCUUGCAUCUAAUCAUUUUAGGGCGACCAUAUAUCGAGAAAAACGAAAUCCAAGAGUACAGGGCACCUACCGGCCAAGUGAUAGAAAUUCCGUGUCGAGUUAGUGGUAAGCCACAGCCAAGAGUACAGUGGAGCGUUGAUGGUAAGCCAAUCAGUACCACCGGACAGGAAUAUGAAAUUUUGCCGGACAAUACACUGAGGAUUCACCACACGAACGGCGAUCACACUGGAAAAUACGUGUGCACUGCAAGUAAUGUGGCCGGUCAAGCUGAAUUAGCGGCUGGUGUAACUGUCCUUAGUCCACCUGUUAUUGCACCGGGACAGAUAUCGUACAACUUGAUCCAGGGCAAUCCUAUAACGCUACCUUGCGAAGUUGAAGGCGAACCGAUGCCAAAAAUUACAUGGUAUGUUACAGAAUUCAAAGGAGGUUACGUUGAUGAGGACGGCUCGCUGACAAUUGAAAGCGCCGAUGACCUGCAUCGUGGUCAGUUCAAAUGUGUUGCUUCGAAUGACGUUGGAAAAGAUGAAAAAGUGGUUACAUUAACAGUUCAUACUGCACCAACAAUUGAAGGGUCUGGCCAGCUAAAGGUUAUCACUACAAACGUUAACACAUCGGUAUUGCUAGCAUGCCCAGCACGAGCUUUCCCACCGCCUUCACGCACGUGGAGUUAUGAGGGUGAUCGAAUCUAUGAAGGAUAUGUUCAAGGCUCCGAGCUGAGACAGACACCUGACGGUUCACUGGAAAUAACGACACCACAGAUGAAUCAUGCCGGCCGAUACACCUGCCAUGUAUCAAACCUUGCUGGUGACGAUCACAUCACCUAUUUGUUGAAA